GCAGUACAGGUCCAAACUGUCCAUUGUCUUUUUGGAAAGUGAUUGCGGUAAUCUGCCUUCUUCAGCGAACCGCUGUAGUUUAUAAGCAUUUCAGAUAGCACUUUCAACGUUAACGCUGAAGCUGUGGCGCCGGGCACCAACCCUCGAACCCUGCGUGAGAUGGUCAAGCCCUUCGCAGUAGUGAAGUUCCCUGAAGAGAAGGACAGUCUCGCAGCUGUGCCAGUCGGAUGGCUGUCGGAGGACGAAUUGUUUUGCACUUGGCCCAUGCACGUGAAAGGGUGCCAACUCAUAAGCCUGGUUGAAGCGCAGGCUCCACCUGGCGUUGUCGGCAAAGGCUGGGAGGUCUUCCCUGUCAUUGUAAUUAAGACCUACUGGACCUACAAAAAGGCUGCCAAGAAAGUUCGCCAGUACGUCUGGACCUCCACCGUAGAGACAUCAGAUUUUUCGGCAAAUGAGGCCUUGCCGGGAGUGGAAGCAGCCGUAUCGCAUCCCCCCCUCAGAAUGCCUUCACCACCUGCAUUGAGCUCCCGCUCGUUGGUGGGGGGUCAGCACAAGACCAGCCAGGCAGGCAGACGCCAACCUCAGCUGCAACCUCAGCACAGCCAGGAGGAAAAUGAGGGGGUCACCUCUGCAUCAAGUUCCCAUUCGUCAGCCAUAGGUUACGAGGAUGACCUGGCAGAGACCCUGCAAGCGCAGGAAGUGAACCAGCCCCAGGACAACCAGGAGGCCAGUGAGGAUCCCAGUCGUGUCCAGCUGAAAAUGGUACACCUUUUGGUCGAAAUUCGACAACAGAAUAGGGACAUCCUGCAUCAGUUUUCACAGCUGAGGCAGGAUGUCCUAGACAUCUCUGAGAGGGUGGCCUUGCUGGAGGCACCGGCAGCUCAGGCAGCACGAGCCCCACAGGUCCUGCCCCUGAUUCUCCCAAGGCUGCCAGCCGAAAGCCUUCAGGAGUUGGAGGCAGCAGAGGCAGCAGUCAAGGAGAAGGGUGUAGCCAAAGCCUUGCAAGAUCAGCUGCAGAAGAUUGGGGGCAGGAACCUUUCAGAGGUAACUGCUGGCAUCAUGAAGAGCAUCAUGGGUCAUCCGGUCCAGGUGCUCUUCAGCCUCUACGGCCGCAAGGGCAAGAGGGCCUUUAUCAAUUUGGGCCUGUGCACCAUUGCAAUAGGUAAUAUUCAAUUAUUGAAAUUCCUGGCUGCCCUACAAACUUCAUUAUGGAACCCCAUAGUCACUGACAGGGCAUGGCCUGAUAUAUGCACCACUGCCCAUCGAGCGUGAUGCUGCACUCAACAAGCUUGACCACACCCUAUUUCGAUUGUACAAGCCCCAUGCCGGUAGGAUUAGGACAUAUGUUGCUUAAAAUUGUACCCUGUACAUAUUAAUAUCUGUUCAUUUUUAUGACCUGUAAACAAUACAAACCCAGAAAGGACAAAUGAUAAAUUACGGUGAGGGUGCAGGCGAGCUGGUGUAUACAUUAUCAUUUUGUUGAAUUACCCAAGACCGAGGCAGGAAACCUAGAAACAUCCAACUGUGGAAAAAAGUGAAAAAGGUGACAGGAGGAACGUCCUCCUGUCACCUGUCAUUUUGUUUUAUGGUUAAUGGAAAAAAAUAACCGUGGCAGAUUGAAAACGGUGAUGGAGCAAAGUCCUUUUGUCUCCUUUUUUAAUCUCUUCCAUGGAUGGAUGUUUCUUGGUCUCUUGCCCCAGUCUGAGGUAAUUCAUCUGAAGGACAGAAACGAGUUUUGGAACUUUUCACUUGUAGCUGACCAGCAGACUACACUUAGACUUCGUUUACGUUCGCUACACGUUUUCCUUGAGAUAAGGCAACGGUAUUAAAAUGUGCUGCAAGCAUUGUAUUUGACAACCACAUGAGUGCUGUAUUCUCAUAUUUUGAACUGUUUUACCUUUAUGACACUUUUUGAGUUUCUUAUUGUAAGUUUCAUUAGAACUUGUAUGAGACCAAGCAUUGCCCCGUGCAGAGUGAGAAAAAGGCUGGAAGCCAAUUGUCAAGCAAACAGCGGGGCCUACAG